AUGAGACGUGCCCUAUUUCUGUUGAUUAUUCGAAUAAUCGAGAUUCAUUCGCAGUAUCAAAAUGAGCCGCAAUCGAAUAUUGACCGAGUUGCGCAGCGCCCGAUUUUACCGCAAUGUCCGAGAGAAUGGGAAUGGGCGUGCCGCAACGGCGAAUGCAUUGCACAUUACGACGUGUGCGACGGCAUAGUUCAAUGCACCGACGGCUCCGAUGAAUGGAAUUGCGACACGCGCAAUCGAGGGGCAAGUUAUGCGCAUGAAGGAAAUCCCGGAAAGGUUGACGCUGCACCAACUACAAUGGUCCCUACAACGACUACUCAAUUGGCUGCCUUAAGCUCGACAUUCUCCACGAAGCAUACCUUUAUCGGAAUUGUUGUUUUGGCUAUUGUCGCGUUUGCGUUGGUGACUGCGUAUCGACGAAGAGCUCGCAAAAAGACCGGAUUCCGGAAUCGCAGAGGAGCCCACAGUAUUCUUCAGCAAGAUUCGGAUGAAGACGACAUUUUGAUCAGCUCAAUGUACUCGUAG